UUUCCACUCGUAUCCUUCGUGGUUUGCUUUCAUGUAAAUUAUUGAUCAGGUCAGAGGGGAGGUGACGGGCUUUAAAUCUCGCCUCCAGAUUGGCUACAGUUUGUCUGACUGACUUCAGUCAUUGCUGCAUAGCUGGAGGGUUAUGAUGCAUGAUGUUCUCUAGAAAAAAAUACACUGGAACCUUUAUGGUCCUAUCUGUUCAUAUUGCCAAAAAAGUUUCCGAAUGAUGCAAAUUGAAUGAAUCAAUUCCAGGAUCAAACUGUAGCCAAGGGAUGGCAUUUGCUUGAUAUCAAUAAUGAAUUAAUUGAUUAAUUCUGUUUUUGAUAUCAUGUGAAAAUCUCUAUGUGAAAUAUGAAUUAUUCUUUAAAGGGAGACUCUCUCUGAAUGUUCUGAUCUCCAGUUUUGAUGCUAGUGUUGUAUAAUGGUGCCAUAGCAUGGAUGUACUUGUACCUCCAUCCUCGCAUAGCUGACCUCUUGUUGACUUCUUCAUGCUGAAUCAACAGCACCUCUUCUUGUAGCUGAGUAGUGCGCUCCAUUUUGCAUCAGUUGCUUCAAGACAUGAAUAAUAAUCCAGUCAAUUCCCCACAUUUGACAGAAUUUGUAAGAACACAAUCCAGUCAGCGAAUUGAUUAUGAUAGCUGUCCCUGUUGUCACCAUCAUAAAGGCGUCAUAAAUUGUGCAGGCAGCCUAUCAUUCAGUAUCAUUUUUCACUGUCAAACAAGUGUGAAAGGAAGUUAACCUUAGGGGUUGAACACAUUUAUUAAUUGGAAAUGAAUUAAUCGUUUUUUUUUCUGAGGUUGAAAACAUAAUUUAACUAAAGCAUACUUUAGUGUGAGCCUUUUUUAUGAUAUAUUCAUGAUGUGGCGUGUAGACACCGCUCAACCUGUCCGGUGAUGACGUUCACAGCUCUGAAACGGUUUAUCUUUGGCCACUGAUCCUCAUGUAGCUCCUCCCCUUUCUCCAUCCCUUCUUUCUAAGCCUUUUCUUUUGCUGACUCGCGAAUGACGUGCACCCGAAUGCAAAAGGAAGGCUUGUCAGUUGGAAGCAUUAGACGGCAUUAACGCUGUACACUUUAUCCCAGUCAUGUGGUCAAACUGGGUUUUUCCCACGGCUGUACUGCGAUUGUCCAUUUGUUGCUAUAGGGAAAGACAGUUGGCAAAUAUGCAUAUCAGUAGGCGAUCUGGAUGAGUAAUGUUAGCGGGUGAUUGACAUUGCUUGCCUUCAGAGCCUUCCUGUUACGUUUUGGCUGGUGCUGUCGGAAACUUGACCCCCAGUGUGCAGAGAAGAGGCGAUGGAGUGCAAAAAUAAAGGUUCUUUAAUAGUGUAAAACAGGAAAAAACAAAAAGCGACAGAGAAAAGGCUCUGUGACAAAAAGUGCAGAUAGUCCAGGUAUGUAAAUACAAGUAGUUCAAGUGACAGCACUGACUUGGAGACAAGAAGCAUGGAUAACAAAGACAAAGACAAUGGCAAUGAACCAGCGGCGCACAUACGACGGCGCUGGCCUUUUAACUACCAUAAAUGACAAUUGGCCGCAGCUGUCCGGCCACCAGGCGUGAAGCGGCUGUCUCCGUCACCACGCAGGAAGUACAGCUUGCCAAAAUAAAGGCACAGGACAGGAAGAGCUCGCUCCUGUCCUGCGAAACAUAACACUUCCCUCAUAUAAGAGGUAUGGCUGUAAUUGGUAGGGCAUGCCUGUUGGGCAAAAGCUGUGAGAGUGAACUAUGGCAAUACAUUAUUAGCCGUGUUUUCAAUCUGUUGCUUUUUUGAUUUGAAUUUUAUUUUUUUGUCACCUGCCACCUAAUGAGAUGACCAUAAGGACAUGCACUCGACUACAUUACCUUCAUAGACAAAUUCUGUAACAGAGCCGGCGUUUAUUUCCCUAAACUGUAAAGAGGACAGGGCAUUAAUUGGAGAGAGGCUUUUACAGUAUUUGCUAAAUGUGCAAACUUAUAUGGAACAACUUAGUUUUAAACUUUAAUAAUGAUGCAGAGUGCAUUACAAAGUGGAAAUCACGCAGCAUGAACAGAACCAAUGUUGUAAUAGCAGUAACGAGCAAACUGCUCAGCCAGAAUUACAGGGAUAGUUUGGAUUUUUUGACAUGACGUUGUAUUUAUUUAUUUGAACAUCAUAAACAGUGGGAAAAAAGGAAACAACACAAUUUAUAAACAGUUAACAUCAUUGUGCUGGAGAGGAUGGAAGCCAAAAGAGGCUUAUGUGAAUACCUCCCCAAAAUUAUACAGUAGGUAGGGAAAAAGAAAGCGAGAGAGAAAAAAAUUAAAUUACAAUAUAACUGUAUAAUACUCUAACGUAAAAACAUAAAAAGUACAAAUCCAAUUACAAGUCAUCAAAUACAAAUUGUCCUUUUUAGAUGCUUUUUAAAUUAUGUUGAUUGAAGUGCAGGACCUAAAUUAUUCCAAAGAUGUAGUGCACAAUAUUUUAGAGAAUACUGACUGACAGAAGUUUGCCAAUAAGGACAAUAAAAUAGACUUGAAUAUUGUGUAGGAUAAUUGUGAAUAACGGAAGACAGCAUAAAGAGGUUCUGGAAAACUUUAGGAAGGACAUGAGUUUAAUGAACAUCUGCACAUGUAGACACAGGUAUGGUAAAUAUUCACAUCAAAAACUGAGAGAAGUUUGAAUUAUUUGAAAAGCGGAGCAGAUGAGUCCAGUCUCUUAGGAAAAACUGAUGAAUCUUCAAAAUUUCUUUUGAAUUGGAAAAAUCUUAUUGAGAUAAGUGGGACAACAGUACUGCAGUAAGUAAUGUAUGGAUAAAUGAAGCAAUAAAAAAACAAACAAAAAAAAAACAGGAAUGAUUUAUCAAUGAACGGACUCUACACAAGAUGCCAAUUGACUUCUUGUUUUUUUUUUUUUUUUUUUUACAAAUCAGAUCAAUGUGGAAUUUUUUACAUAUAUUUUGUUGGGUUAAUUAUUAUACUUCUUAUUUUUGUUACAAAAUAAAAUUAAAUUGGGUUUUGGGUAUUAAGGGUUUAUUUAGGGCCGCGCCGUGGCUGAGCAUGUUGGCCACACAGUGAGGAGAUCGGGAAGACCUGGGUUUGAAUCUCUGUUGGGCAUUUCUGUGUGGAGUUUGCAUGUUCUCCCCGUGCGUGUGUGGGUUUUCUCCAGGUACUCCCGUUUCCUCCCACAUUCCAAAAACAUGCAUAUUAGGUUAAUUGGCGACUCUAAAUUGUCCAUAGGUAUGAAUUUGAGCGUGAAUGAUUGUCUAUAUGUGCCCUGCGAUUGACUGGCGACCAGUCCUCUUGCCCGAAGUCAGCUUGGAUAGGCACCAGCAUACCCCUGCGAUCCUAAUGAGGAUAAGCGGCACAGAAAAUGGAUGGAUGGAAGAGUUUAUUCAUCUGAAACCAUAGAAACAGACGGUAGAACUUCAUUUGCUUCUCUAAUCAGCGUAUUACAAUUUUCAUGUGAUAUAACCAAAUGUGUCAUCAGCAAAUAAGAGAGGGAGUACAUUUUUACAGACAAUAGGAAGAUCAUUCAUGUAAAUUAAAAAAAGGAGGUACCCAAGAAUUUAAUCCCGAGGAACCCCACACAUUAUCCUACCUCUAUUUGAAUUAUGCUUAUUGAAUCAUACAUACUGUUCUCUAUCAUUUAGACAAUCCUGUAACCGUGUCAAGACAAUGCCAUAAAAUCCAUAUAUUUGUAGUUUUGCAAUGAGAAUAUGAUGAACUGUAUCAAAUGCUUUGGAUAAAUCUAAAAAUACACCAAGAGAUAUUUUUUUGUUAUCUAGGUCUGUAGAGGUUUUAUGAGCAAACUGUGAAAGAGCCAUUUCUGUAGUUUUUUCUUAAUCCAUAUCGUGGUUAUAUGAUACUAUAUGUUACUUCUGCCUAAAUGUUUUAUUAUUCUUACAAAAACUAAGCUUCUCCAUUACUUUAGAGAAAAGGGUAAGAUUUGAACAGUGGUAUUACUUUGGCUGCUUUAAGGUCUCUUGGUACAACACCUGAUUUGAAAGUUGUAUGAUAUCCCCAUCAGCAGCAUAGUGCAUCCACAGUGACUUACCCCCCACUUCGUCCCAUGAGCUGAGUGCUGGUCGGAUUUUGGUGAUGAGGAACAUAGUUCCAGUUAGUUGGUCGGGCCACUUAAAAGUUUGACUUCUCAAAGCAAUGUAUGUUCAACAGAAUUUUGCGUCACAAAAAAUACCUCCUCGAAAAAUAACUAUAUGUAUUAUGUAGUUAAAAUUUAGAUUGAACUGUAGUUUGUGCACACCUGGAGGUAAAAAUGCGGCGGCUCAGAAGUACAAACCCUGGCUUCGAGGGGUUUACGAGCUGACAAAAGUAUCUUCAAAGAUGUUAAACGCGUCGGUCAUCCAGCGCCAUCAUUUCCAUGAUGAAAUCACAAAUGGCUUUAGCCCUCUGGGCCCGAUUGUUCAAAACUCGGUUAUUUAUUUAACCUCUGGUUAAGUAGACUUAACCAACUGUUAACUUUAACGGCACCGUUAUGUUGUUGUCCAAAACUCGGUUAAAAUAACAGAGUUUUGAACAACCGGGCCUGGUCUUUUCUGACAAACCUUUUCAAACAACGCAGCGAUAGGAGCAAGUUCUGGGCCCCGGACGUUGUAUCGAUGCUGGUGUUACAGGUGGCUGAUACUGUUUGAUGUAUCAGCCAGAUAUGUUCCAGAAUGUUUGCAGAGCAUUUAGAGCAUUUGGCCAAUUGUUGUCCUCUGAAACAGUGACAAGUCCCACAUGUUCGACUCCAUGUUUGUUUACAAGUGAGCUCAAGGGAAGUUACGACAGGCUGUUUGCAGCAUUUCACAGAAAAGGAGCGCUUGAUUUGCUCACGCUAACCCACCUACAGCACAGUACGGCCAAUCUCGCCUCAUUGGAGCUGUUUUUUUAAUGUUACUGGAUUUACAGGUAUGACGUCAUAAUUUCUCAUACCAGUAUAAUUAUCGUGCGCCACUAAAAAUGACCUAUCGUUUGUUAUUGUUUAAAGGGUAUCAUUGUAUGUUCUGAACCCCUGUUUUCUUGCUAGUGUCUUGCUGAGUAGAAUAUUGCUGCUCAGAUGAUUGCUACCAAAUGCAUCCAUGCUGUAUCUUGUAUGCCAAAUCAAAGAUGGUGCUUGAUGUAGCUUGUGUUAUCAACAGAAGCGCAAAGCAGACAUCCCUCGAAAUUCUACCUUCUCCCAAGUUCUCUGGAGAUGCUUCUUUUGAUGAUGAACUUUUGACUUCCUCCUCCUCCUCCUUUUCUUCACCACCGUUGGCAGAGAAGGAGCUGCGGGGAGAAACAUGCAAAUAUGUCGUCUUGAGGGAUUAAGGUUUUCCCAGCUAAUGAGUUUUUUUCAUUAAUUUGGCCCGCUAUCUUCCCUUUCAAAUCCUUUUUAUAACAUUCCCCCCCCCCCCCAAUUCAUUACAGCAGCUGUCAGUACUUAAUACUCGCUUGGUGUUGACCCAAGAGAGGUUCCCAUCAGUCACAGAGACUAGAUGUAUAUUUUGACUGCAUUUUGUCUGCUUUAGGCUUUUCUUGCAUAUGGUAGGAUCGAAAUGUCAUCAAAAAUAUACUGUGACUGAUUCCUGCAGCCUCACAAACAGCUGGGCUCCCUGCAAGCCCUCGUUUGGCUGUCACUGCAAUUAUAUUUUUGCACAGAGAGGGCAAGAGAGCAAACAAGAUACACGAGGAAGAGCGAGCGAGCGAGAGAAUCCACACGGAAGGGAGGGUUUGCAAGAGAAGGGAACCGUGCAAACUGAGCAGGAUGGCAUGAGAGUGGGAGCGAGACGGCAGGCAAGCUAGGAUUUAUAUGUGCGGGUGCAUGUGUGAGCUCCAUUCAGAAAAAAAGCGACGCCUCUCAACAUUGAAAAAGCUGUAGUAAGGAGAAAAGUGGAAUGACUGUUUUACAUGCUGCCAAGCAUGGGUUACAUUCAGCUUUGCCGUUUAGCAAACGGCGGAAGUUCCUUCUGGUCCAAAGUUGCUUUCCGUGAUGCUGUUAUUGUGAAUAACCUGAGCUGACUUGUCUGGAGAUCAAUAGAGAUGACCUCUUCAUACAGGAUCCUGAGCCCAAGACCGACCAUGUUGCUGCACUGAGACUCAGGGAGAGAAGCGAGUGGCCCCAGAGGACCCCUUUGCUGGCCCGUUGGUGUGCUCUGUCCUCCCUCCCUGACUGGCUGGUUGGCUAGCCACUCCCUCUUCAGUUCACCUGCUUGCUCCCAAACCUAAAGGCUAAGGCUGACUAUGGACUGCACUUUGCCUCCUGCUGCAGUCCGACCCAAUACACUGCCAUAGUGGGUUCUUCACAUCAUCUUCCUCUAAGUGUUUUCCAUCCACACUUGCUGUAAAACGUGUACAAACGAUCUGACACCACCUGGAGCAACUCCCGGGUCCUGCACCCAACCUCCCUUCCCCCGUCUCCCACCCUCUCCCUCUCCCAGAAGAAGAUGUCAGUCAGCCUGACAGCAGACAUCCAGAAGGAGGGAGAGAGUGGGCCACUCAUCGAGCCCUGUGGUCGAGGCAAGACCUCCCCUCAACCACAGGGCACCAAGGAAGGGACAGGAGAGGGUCUGGAGCUUGAGGAUAGCACCCCGCAGGAUGUACAGAAACGCGCUCCAAACCACAGUCACGGCAGGAAAAGGGCCAAGUCUAAUGCUAAACUGAAGUUGGUAAGGAGUCUGGCGGUAUGUGAGGAAUCUUCUGGUCUGUUCUCUAACGAUGGCCCUCCAGAAUCGGAUAUCAUACAGCUCCACAUCAGCUGUCCAUCAGACAAGGAAGAGGAGAAGUCCUCCAAGGAUGAAUAUGAAAAUGAAGAAAAGGAGAAGAAGGACAAGACUCCGCGAAAGAUGUUGUCACGGGACUCCAGUCAGGAAUACACUGACUCCACGGGUAUCGACGUUCAUGAGUUUCUGGUCAACACACUGAAGAACAAUCCCAGGGAUCGAAUGAUGCUGCUCAAACUAGAACAAGAUAUCCUGGAGUUCAUUAAUGAUGACAAUAACCAGUAUAAGAAGUUCCCCCAGAUGACAUCUUAUCACCGUAUGCUGCUGCACCGCGUGGCUGCCUACUUUGGCAUGGAUCACAAUGUGGAUCAGACAGGCAAGGCUGUCAUCAUCAACAAGACGGGCAACACGCGCAUCCCUGAGCAAAGGUUCUCAGAACACAUCAAGGAUGAGCGUAACGUGGACUUUCAGAAGAAGUUCAUUCUCAAGAGAGAUGAUGCCAGCAUGGACAAGGAUGAUAAUCAGAUACGUGUGCCGCUGCAGGACGGGCGGCGUAGCAAGUCCAUCGAGGAACGAGAGGAGGAAUAUCAGAGGGUACGAGACCGAAUCUUUGCCCGAGAAGUGUCCUUUUUCUUACAGUCUUCUCAGAAUGGAUACAUCAACGACAACAGACUUUCCACUGAGGGCUACUGCUCUAGCUCUCAAAAGAGGAGGCAGAUCUUUAGAGGGAACCGCGAGAGCUCCAGCCGGGCGUCUAGCAGUCGUCAGAGCAGCACGGACAGUGACAUGAAAUGUUUGGAGCCGCGGCCAUGGAGCAGCACGGACUCGGAUAGUUCCAACCGCACCCUGCGGCCUCCCGUCACCAAGGCCAGCAGCUUCUCUGGCAUCUCCAUUCUCACUCGAGGGGACAGUCUUGGCAGCAACAAAGGCUCGCAGGGAAGCUGCAAAGGCUCUCGAUCCGGCCUGCACCUAGUCAGUCCUGAUGUGUGUUCCCCACCUGUAGCCUCCCAGUCCAGCCGUAGCCUGCUUCCCUGCCCGACGCAGCAGCCGCAGCAGCCCCAGGCUCUGCCUCAGACUGCCCUGCUGCCAACCCCGCAACAACACCCCAUGGGCAACCACAUCAUUGCUCAGCCGGUAGCAUCUCUGCAGCCUUCUCAGCCUGUCUCCUACUCCAGCCCCUCCUGCCCCCAGGUUCUCCUGCCAGUUUCUCCUCCCCAGCAGUACACAAUGGGAGAAGAACUGGCGCCCCAGUUCAGCCAAAUGACACUGAGCCGUCAGGGCUCCAGUGAGAACCCCGAGCCUCCCCCCUUGUAUCAGGCUACUCCGACGGUCCUGUCCCAGCAUCCAACUCCUCAGACCAGCUACAUCAUGGCGACCACUGGCCAGGCCAUGCCUCCGCCGUCUGGCUACCAACCGGCCACAGGACAUCCCCAUCCUCCACCGCCGCCACCGCCUCCAUCGCAGACAGUAAUGCAGGCUCCGCCUCCGCAAGGCUACAUGCAGGCCCCGCCACCCCAGCAGAUACAAGUUUCAUACUACCCCCCAAGUCAGUAUCCCAGUUCAGGCCAGCAGUACCGUGUGGCCCAGCCCAUGUCCCACCAGGUGUCUUACCCUGCUCAGCGCACACAGCCUAUGCCUCAGCCCGCACAGCAGUCAGGUCUCCAGACCAUGAUGCCCAGCCAGCAACCGAGCUACCAGGGCAUCAUGGGGGUGCAGCAGCAGCAAAACCCUGCUCUGCUCAAUACCCAGAGAGCUGGCAUGGGAGGGCAAAUGCAAAGUAUCAUGGUUCAAUAUCCACAGAUGCCAUCCUAUCAGGUGCCAGUGGGGAAUGAGAAUCAGCAGGUGGUGCAGCAGCAGUACCAGCAGCAGGUGAUGGUGCCGGUCAGCCAGUCAGUUCAGGGCCCCAUGCCUGUUUACUACAGUGUUAUUACACCCACCCAGCCGAAUAGCACAAGCCCAUCAGUAGGUUACCUGCAGCCCCCCAGCUCUGAACAGUAUCAAAUCACACCAUCACCGUCCCCAUGCAACCCUCAACAGUUACAGCAGCAAUAUUCAGCAGGAGUCCCGCCUCCUGGUCCUGGAGUCAUGGUCAUGCAGCUCAGUGUCCCCAAUGGACCGCAGCCUUCCCAGAAUCCUCCGCUGGUCCAGUGGAACCCGUGCAAGUACUACAGCAUAGAGCAGAGACCCGGAAAGCCCGGAGAUCUCUACAAGCCUGACAACACUCCGCAGGCCAGCACCCAGCUGACGAGCCCUCUGGCCUCGCCUACCCAGUCUCCCACGCCAUCUCCUUCUGGCAGCGUCAACAGUGUCUGUCCAGGCCUGGGACCACUACCCCUCAUUCCCCAAUUUCCACGGCCAGGUGGGACAGCACAAGGUGAUGGCCGCUACUCUUUAUUGGGACAGCCUCUCCAGUACAGUCUGUGCCCUCCUCCCCUCAUGCACGGCCAGUCUUCAUACAGCUCCCAUCAGGGCCAGGGAGUGAUGAAACACGGUGCACGAGGGAAGAAACAAACACUUAAAUCUGCAUCCACUGAUCUCGGCACCACAGAUGUUGUGGUGAGUCGAGUACUUGAAGUAACGGACCUGCCAGAAGGGAUUUCACGUCCAGAAGCUGAAAAGCUCUUCAACCAACUGUCCAUGUGCGGCGCCAAGAUCCAGUGGCUGAAGGAGCCUCAGGGAGGCCGAGCGGGAGGCUGCGGCCCCCCGGGGGCGGGCGCGGAGGGCGGCCCCGUGGCCUGCAUGGGAGCAGUGAAGGGUGACGACCCGGCUCACCUGUACACAGUAGUGGCCGUGUUCCCCAGCACCAUGGCUGCCCAGAGUGCUUCCUUCAAACUGAACAACAGCGCAGCCGGCCUCUUCAAACUGAGGGCCACCAAAAAGAACUAUGACCUGCGCGUGCUGGAGAGAGCCAGCUCUCAGUGAGACCAGGAGCCGGAGGAUGUGGACGACACACACAUGGACUCUCGGUGGAGUGGUGGAAAAGGAUGGAGAACUGUGGGGGUUGGGCUGCUCUUCGUGUACAAUUACCAAGAAAAAAACUUGAUGAGUAAAAGGUGUCAAAUGUAUAAAAGGGAAGAAGGGGUGAAUCAUCAGGUGGUCGGUGUUUGCUUUCAAAUAUGAUUUUGUCGUUGGUUUUUAAUUCCUCGUUUUCCUUAUUUUGUUUUGUAUUUAUAUAGCAGAAGAGCACACAAGACACGCGAGCAUGUGUUUCACCUGAAAUUUGUGCUGCCGUCGUAUGAAAACACACAACCCUAUUCACAUACACACGCAGGCAACAGGGUCACGUAGCACAGAAACAAGUGAAAACACACACACACUGGACAGUCCACCUCAGUCAAACCUUUCCCUCCUCUUUGUCCUCCUGCCGACCUCCGACCCACACCUUCUUUGCGUUCUUUCUCUUCUAGCGCUGACCAUCCCGCCCGUGUCACAGAUUUCUACAUUUUGGUACGCACAGUCCCGCAUUCUCUCUCUGACCACGCCUCUUUCAUGCUGCUCCUCUGUGGCUCUCCUGCACUCUCUACUCUCUUGCUUUCUGUUUGCCUUACUGCUGUUGUGGGGUUCGUAUCGCGCUCUUCUUUUUCGCUGAUGUUUCUUUUUGGGGGGGGAGGGAGGGAGUUCAAUAUAUUUAUAUAAGUGAUGUAAGGAAUAAAGAAAUCUAUAUAUUCAGUGAUUUUUUUUUUCUUUCUUCCUCCCCGAGUGAAAAUUUUGGCUUUUUUUUGUCCUUUUCUUCCCUCUUCAUCCCCGCCCCACAGCCUCACUUCUCCCGCAACAGCCCACCCCCCAACUCUCCUUCACUGUGUUUGCGUUUUUCUGUUGACAGCUGUGCAGAAAGUAUCAGAAAAUGUAGUUGAAGUGCACAAUGAUUGCAUAUGUCUACUGUAAAUUUUAUUUAAUCUGUUAUUUUUUUGUUUGUUUUUAAAAAUAUAAAAGUUGGAAAAAUCAAAGAAAACUUUUUU